GAGAGACACAGUCUAUGUGGGACUGUAUACUGCCAGUGGAGGAGAUGUUUCAAUAUCUGGAGGAGUGACAUUUGACCCUAGCCAGCUGACCCUCACCUGUAUCUCCACUGGUGGACCUGCUACCACUGUCACUUGGACCAGAGACUCCACCACUGUCACCCAAGGAACCCAGACUGUGUUGAAUGACCCAGUGACUGCACAGUACACCCACACUCUGACUGUGACUACUGGAGGAGAGUACACUUGUACUGUGGCUAAUAACAAGCCAUCCUCUGCCUCUGCUACCAUUACUGUGACAGGAACUGGACCUCCAACUAAUGUGGCAGCUAGACAGACGAAUCCCACUAGCAUCCUAGUUGAAUGGACUCCAUCCAGUGAUGCCACUGGCUACACGAUCCACUAUGACAGUAGUGAAGGUCCCAGUGGUAGUGUGAGCAUUGAUGGUGACUCUACCAACAGCUACACUCUGGAGAAUCUUCAGAAUGGAGAGACUUACACCAUAUCCAUUGUAGCCACAUCUGCCAACUUACCCAGUCAGGUUGUGACAGCAGGCAUGGCUGUUGGUUUAGUUCCAGGCAACCCAGAACUCGUUCGAUCUUCCACCUCCACUGACUCCAUCACUAUCUCUGUUGGUUUUCCUGCUGGAUCUGUAGUGGACAGCUAUGUAGUGAUGUGGACCUCAGUGGAGUGUUCUGAUAAUGGCAUGAUGACUGUGGACGGUUCCCCUGCUACCUAUACCAUAAUGGGACUGGAGGAGGGUAUCAGCUAUAAUAUCACUGUGAGAGCCUCCAAUAAUGCUGGUAGUGGUAACAGUACUUCAAUCACUGUUAGGACCAAUGAGGCAGCUCCUAAUGGUGCUCCAAACUCAGUCACAGAGGUUUCUGCUGCACCCAAUAGCAUCACUGUCGGGUGGGAAGAGGUUGAUUGUCUGCUACGAAACGGAAUGAUAACAGGCUACACAGCACAGGCAUUAAGGAACGGAAUGGUAGAAGCGACUGCUAAUGUGGUGGUGAUGCUAGACAAGCCACUAUCUCUGGACUAACUCCAUCGACUGAGUACAGUGUCCAGGUGGCUGCAGUCAACAAUGCUGGUAUAGGAUCAUACAGUACGCCUAUCACUAUCAUGACCAGGGGUCCAUCUCCCACUGAUGUGACAGCAGUCCAGGGUGGUCCCACUAAUAUCACAGUGACCUGGACUCCUCCUGAUCCUCUGGAUGGUAUCACUGGCUACACCAUCUCCUACACUGGAGGCAGCAAUGGUAGUCAGACUGUCAGUGGUGGAGAUACCAACAGCUACACUCUGACUGGUCUCACCAAUGGACAGACAUACACCAUAUCCAUUGUAGCUACAUCUGAACACCUCUUCAGUGAUGCCACCACAUUUGAAAUCACACUAAUCCCAGCUCCAGGACAGGUGUUUGUGUCGGUGAGCUCCAUAGCAGCCACCUCCAUCUCCCUCUCCUGGAGUGUGUCCAGUGGGAUGGUGGCCAGUUGGGAGGUGGUCUGGAGACCCACUGACAGAGGCACUGAGAGUACCAGUGGUCCUCUGUCUGGCACUACCUACACCAUCCUCCAGUUGGACCCCUCCACUAUCUACACACUCACUGUAUCAGCCACUAAUGUAGCUGGAACCACUGACAGCACUCCCAUACUUUUCUCCACUGGUGCCACUGAGACAGAGCGUUCAAGUACAGAGAACACUUCAGCCAUUGUCGGUGGAGUAGUGGCCGUGGCUGUGGUUCUUAUAAUCGCUACUUUAACUUCACUAACUGUCAUAGUGGUAGUGAUGCUGAGAAGUCGCAGUGGGAAUUACUCUGCAAAAACAAGAGUUACAGUUGGAGCUACAAAUCAAUCAGUGGAGCUCUCUAAGAUCUCAGCAGUAGCAUAUGUAGAUCCAGACCAGCUCCAGACCACCAGUAAUGAGGCCUACAAUGUAGUGAGAGGGACUGGAAGGACAGCUGAAGAUGAUUAUGAAGUACCACAAAACCUUCCUCCCCCCACCACCACUCAACCUACCACUACUGCUGCUGGAGACUAUGAACCUGUGUGACUGUGGACAUGGCUUGUGCUCCACUGAACAUUGUUUUUGCUACAUUAUGAAUGUCAAUACUAUGUCAGUUUGUACACCUCAACAGAAACGAUAUUGUUUGUAGUUUU